CUCGCUAGUAGCAUAGAUCCAUUCAUAUAAGUACAUUCGAGCGUUGUCUACUGUCAAAAUGUAUGUAAAAUACCCAGCUUUCAAGGAGAAAGGCAUAUCGGCCAUUGUCCCUGCGUAAGUGAAUUCCCAGCUAUACAGUAACUGAUAUGGUAGCUCAUAUUAGCUCUGCAGUCACAGUCAGAUUGAGCACUCGCAACGAUGCUUCCCGGAUUUGUCCAAAAUGCCGGUCUUCUAGUUCUUGGGGCCUUGAGCACCUUCAUCCCUACACUCGGUGCUUACGACGUUUCAGCACCCUUGGAUCCGCAAGGCCCGCUCAAAGUCACCCUCGACUAUGGCCUUGCAAUGAGUUGGCCACAGGAGCGGGCACCCGAGAUAAACAACAUCCGGCGCAAUUGGCAAUUCAGCAGCCACCUCGUGUUUGCGAGCCGUGUUGGGGAUUCGGACGAGGAGAGCCCUCCGAUAUCAGAUGGGCAGCUCUGGCAAAUCGCGCGAGAUGCGGUGGGUGAAAUGCAAGCUGGCCGAAAGCGCUAUGGCAUUCUUGUGGAAGCAGAGCCCGGGGCCAUGGGGAUUUUGGCCUGGGGCAAUGAGAUCAUCUUGGCCUCCUCGAUGAAGGGCGCAGGUUCUUUCUCCUAUGACUUCCAAGGCGGAAACACUGAAGUUGCCCGAAGUCUUCAGCAAUGCCAGAUGGCAUGGAGAGAUACCACGCAAAGGCACAAGAAUAGGGGGAAUUGCGCGGAGGCUAUGGCAGCCCAUCUAUACUAUAAAGACAACAAUAACCUGCAAGAUAGAAAAGCAAGAGUGGGGACAUGGGUCAAAUCGGGAGUUCUAUGGGACAAGAUCGAUCCAUGUGGAACUGGCCACACAGACUAUUGGGGUUGCAAUCUUUUCACCCAAAACCAGGGUCUUAGGGUCUUAGAUAAACAGACGCCGUCGGAGCCCUAUACGCUGGCAGACCUUGCAGGAGGCCCGAUUCUUGCGGAGCAGAUUCAGUUAUGCGGGGGUGAACCCAGAGCGUUUGAUCUGCCAUGA